AUGCAAACUUUAUCCAUGAUUUCUCCCUCUUCCUCGCCGUCUAUGGCGACUGUGAGAGCUUCGUGGGACACCCAGCAGCGCCUCAGUUACAAUCCCAAUGCGCCGAAGAAUCCCAACAAGAAGAAUCUUGCAGAAACCAAAACCGGCAGUUUGACUACCACCUCUACUGCAACGACGGGUACUGCCAGACCUUCGUCGCCCACGCUUAAUUUGACCCCCCAGUCGGUUGCAGCACUUCUCCGGCGCAACAUUAAGGGAAAAGAGGUGGUUGAAGAAAUCAAUGAAUCGUCAUACUUGGGAUAUGAUGUUUGGCUUCCAAGACCACCGAAAGUUGAGAAGCCUCGAUCUACUUUUAAUGCAGCAACUUUGGCAUACAUCGGCGAUGGUAUAUAUGAGCUCUACGCUCGCAGACACUUCUUAUUCCCUCCUCUGAACAUCGAAGAAUACAAUGAGCGUGUGAUGGCAGUAGUACGCUGUGAGGCACAGGACGCCUUACUUCAGAAACUCGUGGAAGAAAAUUUCCUAUCUGCGGAAGAAAGAGGCAUUCUUCGAUGGGGCAAGAAUGUCGGUUCAGCUAAAACACGGACAAGGAGGCGUGCUGGGUCAGCAGUUUAUAACCGAGCUUCUUCAUUGGAAACACUGGUUGGUUAUCUUUACCUCACAAAUUCAAAUCGUCUUGAAGAAGUCAUGCAGAAGUUGGGAUUCUCAGCUGGUUCCUCUGCUGAUAUGAUUGUGAAGGAAGCGAAUUGUGAGCAAGCUGAUCAAAAUGCAUCAACAUCGGUGAUGGCCUAG